ACUGCUGCGUCCAUUGCAUCCUCUCCUGCCUCUUCUGCGAGUUCCUGACCCUCUGCAACAUCGUGCUGGACUGUGCCACCUGCGGCUCCUGCACCUCCGAGGACUCCUGCAUCUGCUGCUGCUGCUGCAACUCGGGCGAGUGCGCCGACUGCGACCUGCCCUGCGACAUGGACUGCGGCAUCAUCGACGCCUGCUGCGAGUCGGCCGACUGCCUGGAGAUCUGCAUGGAGUGCUGCGGGCUCUGCUUCUCCUCCUGA